AGUCCAGCCACAAUAGAGAAAUUCAUAAACUAAUCCAUCAUUAGCAUAAUUUAAAUGUAUUUUAAACUUUUACUUUGAUAGAGAGAGAUCAGAGAGGGGUCACAAUCCCUAAUUUAGUUAAUAAAUUGAGAUUUUUAAUACAAGACAUAAACAAAAAUGAUUAUAGAUAAUGUCUGUAACAUGUCCUCCCUAAAUCUCAAUGUUAAUUUUAUUUAAAGAAGAAUUGAGAUUUUUUAUUUUUAUUUUUGUGUGGAGAAACUCAACUUUCUAAUAACGUGCAGCCCACAUUCAACCAAGUAUUAAUUUAUAAAUAGUAAAACAUUUCAAGAAAAUUAAAAAUAUUCUCUUCAUUUUUUCCCAAGAGAAUCUGACCAAAUUCACUUGUUUAUGGUUAUGGACAACGAAUCAUAAUAGUUACUAAAAUAAUCAGGUUAAACUAAAACCAUUAACAGAAGUCAAAUAAUGGUGUUCUGUAUUUGCUAAGUCUGAAAAUCAAAUACCGUUUUCUGGUUAAUUAAGUUUGUUUUUCUUCAUAAUCUCCUAAAACUCCUCUUUAUUACACGAAGAAGAAAACAAUGAGAGAUUAAAAAGAAUUUUCAAAUCGAAGAUAUCUUUUUAUUUUUUUUAUUGUUUUGAUUAACUAGUAAUGGUAAAAGCAAUGGAGCAAGAACAAGAGAGUUACAAAUCAAGAUUGUUUCAUUUCAAGAACAUGAACGAGAACUCAGCUUCAAGACAUAUUAAAAGUUGGAGCUCAGAUUGUGCAAUGAGAAUGGAUGGUUCAGACAAUUUGGAUGAUGAUAAUGACAUGAUGAUGUUUAGGAGUCAACCGGGCAAAUUUGGCAGCGUUGACCGACCUUCUUUGCCUCUAGGCGGAGUAACACCUAACCGCAACGACAAGCUUCCGAGAGUCGCUUCAUCGGAAUCCAUGGAGGCACUAUUAGUAUUACAAGCAGCAAUGGAGCAAAUGAAAGAGAAAUUUUCGAAAUUGCUUCUUGGAGAAGAUAUGUCAGGAGGAGGAAAAGGUGUUUCAUCGGCUUUGGCUUUAUCUAACGCCAUUACCAACCUCGCAGCUUCUGCAUUUGGAGAACAACGGCGUUUAGAGCCAAUGGCGGCGGAUAGAAAAACGCGUUGGAGGAGAGAAAUUGGAUGGCUUAUCUCUGUGGCUGAUCAUAUAGUUGAAUUCGCUCCAACACAACAAACAAACAAAGAUGGUACUUCAAUGGAAGUCAUGUCAACAAGACAAAGAACAGAUCUUCUCUGUAACAUCCCUGCACUUAAGAAACUCGAUGCUAUGCUUCUCGAUUGUCUUGAUAAAUUCAAGGAUCAGGAUGAGUUUUAUUAUGUCAAAAAAGAUUCUCCUGAUUCUUCCGAGACAAGGAACGAUGAGAAAUGGUGGUUACCGGCAGUAAAAGUCCCACCUAACGGGCUCUCAGAGAUAUCGAGAAGGUUUCUCCAGAGCCAGAAGGAAUGUGUGAAUCAAGUCCUUAAAGCUGCAAUGGCGAUAAACGCUCAAGUUCUGUCUGAAAUGGAGAUUCCUGAAAGCUACCUUGAGUCACUUCCUAAGAAUGGGAGAGCUAGCUUGGGAGAUGUGAUAUACAGAAUGAUAACAGUAGAGAUGUUUGAUGCAGAUCAAUUCCUUAUUGAAAUGGAUUUAUCAUCUGAGCACAAGAUUCUUGAUUUAAAGAACAGAAUCGAAGCAUCGAUUGUGAUAUGGAAGAGGAAAAUGGUGCAGAAGGACACAAAGUCUCCUUGGGGAUCAACAGUGAGUAUUGAGAAAAGAGAACAGUUUGAAGAGAGAGCUGAAACAAUCUUGCUACUAUUGAAACAAGGGUUUCCCGGAAUCUCACAGUCCUCGCUCGAUAUCAGCAAGAUUCAAUUCAACAGAGAUGUAGGACUUGCAAUCUUGGAGAGUUACUCAAGAGUGCUUGAGAGUUUGGCUCACACCGUGAUGUCGAGAAUAGAAGACGUCCUUUACGCUGACCAGCUUACUCAAGAACCUACAAAUAAUGCACCUUCUAAGAACAGAUAUAGCUUGAAGGAGAAUGAGAAACUAAGGGAGGAAAGACUAACUUUCACAGAGGAUAUGGCUUCAGGAACACUUUCUGAUGUAAUGCAAUGGGGUAACAAAAACAAUGAAAUGAAGAAAGAAAGUUUUUUCGGAGAUAGAGAGAAACCGUUGUUGUCGAAAGUCACCGGUAUAAUGACUAACAACAAGAAGAGUUCUUAUCUUGAAAAUCUUGGAGCUAUGAGGAGUCCAACCGCGAGAUACUCCUGAAAGAAACCGGUUUCUUUUCUUUUUCUUGUAAAAUUAGGUUUUCUUGCUGCAUUUUCAAUCUGCUUAAAGAUUCCAAAACGAAUAAUGCACCAUUGUGUUGUAGCAUACUUGAAAUGCAAUUUCAAUGAUUCAUCACUAGCUUACAAAGCAAUCAACACAACACAACAAUAUACAUAAAUCAUUAAAAAGGGUUCACAGAAUUGGGAAGAAAGUUUCCAGACUUUUUCAAAGAUUUAGAA